AUUGGAGUUAGCUUGAUUAAUCCAGAUCUAAUCCGAGUCAAUCGGAUUAUCGCAGUCAUUCAAGAUGGCCGGUGUCCGAAGAAAACGCACGCAAAAGAGAAAGCGAGUAAAUUCAACCUCAACCGGUCGAAAACUUAAAAAGAAGAACAAGAUCAAAGUAAAUGUAGAUAGGUAGUUAUCAACAUUUCUUCACUUUGCUGAAAUAUUUAAACUAGUGAGAAAUGGAUAGUCAAAAUGUGACAAGGAGCGAUAAAUAAAUUUUCUGUUUUAUAUUUCUGAUGUUUAGCAAGGCAAUUCGCAAAACCUGGGACAAAUCCAAGACACUAAAACAGAACUUCAAAGAUAUAGGCUUGGCCUACAAUGUCAACAAUAGCAUGCCAGUGAAAAAUACGGUAUAUAAACGAAAUUUAAAAACGAAAUUUAAAAAUUGGAUAUAUAUCAUUCCACGUGCUGCAUAGUUGGAGCACGUGAUUUCAAGAUUGCAGUUUUAUUUCUUCAAUGAAAUUAUAGGGGGAUAAAAGCAUUUCAAGCAGUGAAGCAAUGGAGGUUGAUAAACAACCAAGGAAUUCUGUUGUCAAAGGUAAUGCUGUCAGAAAGAGGCAAAGAUCCAAAAAUGCCUAGAUAUUUUCUGGUAUGGAAUGUAUAAAUUGCUGCGGCAUGGGCAUGUCCAGCACACAACUAGCAGUACAGCAAUAUAUAUGUACUAGUAUUUGGAUGAACACUGGCCGGCCCUUUCAGCCAUGAAUCCCAACCAAACUCUCAAUUAAAUUAAACUCUAAUCCUAUCUUAAUCCAACUCUAAGAUCUAAUCCUAACCUAAUACUAUUGUAAAACUGUGCUUCUGUAGGCUUUGUAACAUUGCAGGAGAUUUGUAAGGAGAAUGAGCCAAGAGCAUAUUUCAACUGCUUUUGCAAAGAAAUUACAGUAGUAUCUUUAUAUGUUUAAAAUGUAGUGACUGCAAUUGAAACUGUUUUCAACUUUUACAGAACUCGAACAAGAAGCAUCACAUGGUGCUAAAACAGAAAAGCACAUUUCUCCUGGCGAGGCAAAAUUUUUGUAUGAACUGAUUCGAGAUUAUGGUGAUAAUUAUGAGGUAUACCUUAUAAUACAAGAAAUUGUCACUCUAUCAUUUUGCCAAGAUGGUAGAGUAUGUACUGUAGUUGUAAAUGCCACAGACACUUCUUACCUGUAAUAGACCUGUAUGUAUACAGCCUCAAUACACUGCUCAUCCCCUUGAAAAUGUUUUGAAGAAUAUCCCCAAUUUUUGAAGAAUAUGCUUUCACUAGGGAUUUUGCCAGCCAAAUUUAUUAAAAGAGUAUUUAACCCAUUAUUAUUUAACCCAAGGUUAUUUAACCCAUUGAGGAGGGUCUCCCAGGGGAGGAGUCUGUGUUCCCAUGUCCAAUUUUACCUUUGUUCCACAAGCUCCCUAGAAAUCCCUGGGAGUCCCUCAUUGAGCACCCUUGACAAGUGAAAUCUUCUGGCGUAGGCAAAAUGAAAUAAUAAAGUAGGGCACAAUCCAACUUAAUGGGUUAAACAAUGCUUUAGUAAUCACAGGUCUCAAGAGAUGAAAGGGAAAAACGAAGCCAAUAUUUUUCUUGAUUUUUAGGCAAUGAAACGGGACAAAAGAAACUACUAUCAACAUACUGCAAAACAACUAAGAAGAAAGUGUACGAAAUUUCUAAAUUCCAGUCAGGACUUCAGUAAAUAUAUUGACAAUCCCAAAUAGACAUUUCAAAUUCAAACAUCUGUAUAUUUUGUAUCAAAAUGUUAAAUAAAUUAAAAAAACUUUCCACAUUUUUGUUUGUUUAAAUUAACCUUUAACUGAAGUGCACACUCAGAGACGUCGUAUUAAGGUGGAUGGGCUUCAAUAAGCGUUAUGAGGAAAAUGAUGAUCGCAUCUGUUGAUAUUUACAGAAGCAUAGAUAAUGAAGAAGAAAAUUCACCUCAAUUGUCUAUGAUAGGAACAAGGAAAAUGAACUACCAUAAUGUACAGUGAAUAGAACUAUUUUUAUACUCUGGUAACUCAGGGUUGACCACCACCUUACUGCAUAGUUGGUCUUAAUGAAACCCACUGAACAGCACAGAUUAAUCAGGGGCUUAAUAUGGAUGCAAAGAGUUACCCCAUCUGGCACACAGUUUACCCUCAUAGUCUAUGGUGUUCUUGGCUGGCUGCGUUGCUGUUAGUCGAGAAGCCCUGGUAGCGAGGUCAGAUUGUGUUUGCACAGAGUUGCACAAUAGGGUAAACCUGCCCGAGAAACAGCCAGUAUAUGUUUGGGCGUUUUUGGUAGAGUGAACUGUUAGGCUUAAUAUAAACAGGCUUAAAACGUCAAUGCUAGCCUAUGGUAGCUCCUCGUGUGACAGGUCGUGCUAACAUUUGGAUCCUUUCGGUUGGAGCACUUCUAAGCGCGGGCCUCGAAACAGGCCUAUCGGGUCGUAAAGGUUCCCUAUACCCACUUGCGGGUUGUUUGGCUUGAGCCAGUUCUAAUAUCCUCUGUCUGGGAACAGCUUUCGUAGCAGCUUUAGAUACCGCCCAUUGUGGAUCUCGCAUUUCUGCGUCUUUCCUAGAUUUGGGUCGAGAUAGUUGAUCUAUUCUUGGCGAUGCUCGGGCUCGUUUUGCAUUCGCACUCACUGGGGUAGGUAGAGGUUUCGGGGGUUCAUAUUGCCCGUGUGCCUUCUUGGAUCUUGCUAACUCGUUUGUUCUCGGACGCUCUUCGGCAUUCCUCGCCGCCUCGCUCACCUCCCAUAUUGGAGACGAUCUGCCAGUGCCAUCCACCCGUCUG